AUGGCGGCAGAAGAAGACCCCUACAUUUGGCUGGAAGCAGUUGAAAGUGAGGAGAGUCUAGAUUUUGCUAGAGGUGCCAAUGAAAAGACCCUCAAGUCCCUGGGAGAUCCCACAAAAGGAUCCACCUACGGCAGAGUCUUGGCGGCCCUGGAAAGUGAAGAUCGCAUUCCAUAUGUUGUAAAAAGAGGACUUGAUGAUAAUGGCAAUGAGCUUGUCUUCAAUUUUUGGAGUGAUGCCGGUAACCCAAAGGGUAUAUGGCGAAAGUGCACAAUGAAUUCGUACAAAACAAAAAAUCCAGAAUGGGAAACAGUGCUGGAUCUCGAUGAAAUGUCCAACAAGGAUGGGAUCAGCUGGGUUUGGGAAGGCAGUGAGAUCUUGGAAAGAGACUGUGAUCCAAAUUCAGAUGGUGGCAAACGGGUUACUCGAGCCUUGCUCCGUCUUAGUCGAGGUGGAUCAGAUGCAGUGCAUAUCAAGGAAUUUGAUUUUCUCAGUGGAGAUUUUGUCAGCGAAAACCCAUUCAAUCUACCUGAGGCCAAGACGGAUGUCUCUUACAAAAGCAGAGAUGUGCUUAUUGUGGGCACUGACUUUGGUCCAGACAGCCUCACCGAUUCAGGAUACCCUCGCACUGUUCGUGAAUGGGUUAGAGGAACUGAUAUCAAGAAAGCGCCGAUUGUUGUUGAAGGAGAAAAGUCAGAUAUGGAAGUAGCAGCUUACAUAGAUGACCAGCGAAGGCGUAAUGGGCCCAUCUAUGAAGUGCAUGAACGUGUCAUCACCUUCUUCUCGAGCAGGAAAUGGGUCAGGAUGAUUGAGUACGAACAUCUUCUUGCACCAGAUGACCCUCUGCGGGAAAAAGUUGGCAAUCCACCCAAGUUUCAGGAGAUUCAAGUGCAGGAAGAUGCUUUGGUUGAUUUCCUUGGCAAUUUGAUGAUCAUUACCUUGCGAUCAGACUGGGCUCCCAUUCCAGGAGAAAACUAUAUCCAGGGCUCUCUGUUGUAUGUGGAUGCCAAAACAUUUCUGGAAAAAGGGCCGGAAAAUUGUUCUUUCAAGGUACUCUUUGCCCCCUCUGAGAGGACUGCUUCUGCCAAUUAUGCUGCAACCAAGAACUAUCUCAUUCAUGUGAUCCUAGAUAAUGUCAAAUCAAAGGUGGAAUUCUACAAGAUCACAAGUGAUGGCUUUGUUCGUGUUGGAAAAGACGUGGAACCACAAAUUCGUGAUGUCACAGUCUAUCCAGUCGACAGUCUUGAAGAUGAUCGCUUCUGGCUGAGUACUAGCAGCUUUUUGGAACCUGACACAUUGCAAAUGGCAGAUGCUUCUUUGGUGGAAGCAAGUGAUUCUGAUGUGGAAAACUUGUAUGCCAUUGCCAAAAUGAAGUCUCUGCCUUCACAGUUUAACUCCUCAAACCUGAUUGCUGUCCAGGGAGUUUCUACCAGCACAGAUGGCACACAAGUUCCUUACUUUUUGAUCAAGAACAAAAAUGUCAUUCUUGACGGAAAGAACCCUACGCUCAUGUAUGGAUAUGGUGGGUUUGAGCAGUCUGAGAGCCCAUACUAUGCUGCUAUCCCUGGGAUUGCAUGGCUGGAACGUGGUGGUGUGUAUGUUAUUGCAAACAUUCGCGGUGGUGGUGAGUUUGGAGCAAAAUGGCACCAAGCAGCACUCAAAAAGAACAGAAACAAAGCAUACGAGGACUUCAUUGCUGUUGCAGAAGAUCUCAUUGCAUCAGGGUACUGCAAGCCCCUGACCUUGGCUAUCCAAGGUGGAAGCAAUGGUGGUCUUCUUGUGGGAAACAUGUACACUAUGCGCCCAGAUCUUUUUGGGGCCAUCGUCUGUGAAGUUCCUUUGAUUGACAUGAAACGGUUCAAUAUUCUUUUGGCUGGUGCUUCCUGGAUGGGGGAAUAUGGUGAUCCCAGCACAGACGACUGGGACAACUAUCUGCACAAGUAUUCACCCUACCACAACAUUGACACAUCAGUGGAGAAGUACCCAGCCAUUCUUGUGACAACCAGCACCAGAGAUGAUCGUGUCCACCCUGCUCAUGCCAGGAAGUUUGUGAAAAAACUCUGGGACUUGGGAAUGGGCAAGGACUGGCCUGUGUACUAUUAUGAGAACAUUGAAGGAGGCCAUGGAGGUGCUGCAGACGCAAAGCAGUCGGCUUUUCUGAAAUCACUAGCAUAUGAUUUUAUGUUUGAGACGUUGAGUGGGAAUGCCAAAUUCCUGUGA